GCCGGCCGGGCCCGCGACCUGACCGGACCGCCGCUGCCGGCCGCGCGCUGGGGCCCGCCCCGCCGGCCGCUCGACCUGACGCCGGCGCGCCACGAGGACCUCGCCACCAAGGCCGAGGCCACGCUGCGCCGGCUCCUCGUCACCGACAACUACGACUCCGUCAGCAACUUCAUAUCGCUCUUCGAGGCCUUCGAGGAGACCCCCGAGCAGCUGUACGACGUGUACGAGAAGUACUCGCCGCCGAUCAGAGCGAGGAAGCACACCUGCGUCGGACUGGGGUUGGAGUUGAUCAAGAGGUGGCGAUGUUUGAACAAGGAGUUCGCCGGGUUCGCCGCGGCGACGGCGCUGCUGUCGUGCGAGGAGGCCGUGGUGGACGUGCGCGAGUACGUGUGCUGCGGCGACAGUCCGGCGGCAGUCAUCGCCGCCGAGAAGGAGCACGUGAUGGUGGGCGUGCAGAUCAGGAUCGACGGCCGGCCCGGCCUCCUGCUGGCCGAUCCGGGCUACCACGUGCCGCGCAUCGUCACCGUCAUGGCUGACAGGGCGUACCCGAACACUGGUUGGUUCACGCAGUCAGACGAGCCACACUGCCGUAAAGAGUACAACUACGUGUUCAGCCCUCAGAACAGCUCCUACGUGGAGUGGCAAGAGAAGGAGACCAGGGGGAGCGUGGUGAAAUGCCAAACCUCCCUGGUGUACGUUGCUAGGCCGUACUUAGAUGGAGUCAAUGUGACCGAGAGAAGAAACCUGGUCUACAAUUUUAGGAGUCUUCUCUCUCGAGAUCAAAAAGGCCAUCUGAUCGCCGGGUUGUACUUCCCGGUCGGUGCCCGGGGGAAAGAUGCACAGUUUACCCUCUUUUUCGACAACGGCACCGAGAAACGGAAGACCAAAUAUAAAUUCAGCACAUUUUUGGACACCAAUAACGUACCACAAGCAGUACACGAAGAAAUAGAACUAUGCAAUGCACAAAUGAACUACAAGAUUGGUGAACUUCGUCUUAUUAUCUGGAAGCUGGCCAAACUGAUGUCCAACCAAUCAUUCAUAGAUCAGAUGCUCGAGAUCAACGACGACAUCUGCCGCCUGAGUCUCUGACAGAAUAUGCAAAAUGGCGACCAAAACAAAAUGGCGGACGCCACUGAUGUAGCCGGAAAUAAUGCACUUUAAUUUCCUUUACACCGUAAUACUUUUCUUAAUUUUCUUAUACACUUAUAAUAAUAUCAACCAAGUUUAAAUAAAAGUAUAUUAAGUUGGUUACGGGAUUUGAUUUGCUUCUAUUUUUAAAAGGUUAAUGUUUAUUUAUUUGUAAAAUUCACUUUAGUUAUAAUUUUAUAUCGAAUAUUGUGUAUUUAAUGAUUAUUUGCGCAAUUUGUUUUAAUCUGAAAUAAAUUUCUAUUCCACAGUCAUAAAAUCUAUUUAUUUAUAAUAUUCGUCUAAUAUUACGGAACAAAGUUGGUACAUAUGUUUGGAAUGAUAAUAAAAUGAAAGACACCAUAAAAUUGAUUAUUUUAUUUUACAAUCACACGGGAAUAAGUUGGUUCUUUUACUUCUAACAUCAAUAAUCGAAAAUUUAUAACUACACGAGACAGUUCGGAUUUGUAUGUAGCGAAAAACAA